AUGCAGUUCUUCAAGAGUGUCGUUGUCGUAGCCUUUGCCGCUGCUGGCAUGGCCACCGCCGACAUUGUCAAGAAGAAGGAGGCCGACUGCACCUGCACCCCGACCAAUCUCCCGACGGUCACUGUCAGUACGGUCACUGUCACUGCUACUCUCAGCGGCAGCGAGGUCAUCCCGCCCAUCGGCGUGUCCACCACUUCGGUCGUUGUCGGCACUGGCCCCGCUGGCGAGUCCCCCACCACCGGUCUCGACACGGCGACUCCUACGAUUCCUGUCAUCAUUGGCACUGGUACCGAGACUCUUCCCGCUCAGUCCUCGCCUGCUCAGACUGGCACUGAAGUCCCUGGCACUGGUGCUCCCACUGGCACCGAGGUCCCUGGCACCGGUGCUACCACUGGCACUGAGGUCUCUGGAAGCAGCGCUCCUACUGGCACUGGCACCGUCUCCACCGUCUCGACUGCUACUGUUACCAGCAGCGUCAAGUCCACUGGUUCAGGGUCCAGCACUGGCACUCAGCCCGCUCAGUCUUCCGGCACCGAGGCCCCCUCGUCGUCUGGAGUCGCGUCUGGCGCUGCGUCUGCCCCUACUGGCGCUCUCGGCCUCGGGGCUCUGUUCGGCGGUGCUGCGAUGGUCGCCAUGGUCAACCAGAUCUAA